AUGCUUCAGCUUUUUCUAAACCAUCUAUCAGGUAACAUUCCCUCCUCUUUAACAAAUCUCUCAAAAUUGAAUAGAUUGGAUUUCUUUCAAAACCAGCUGAGUGGACAUAUUCCAUGGGACAUUGGUACCAAGCUCUCCAAUUUGAAAUACCUCAGUUUAUGGGCAAAUCAGCUUAGUGGAAACAUACCAAAUUCCAUUGGAAAUUGUUCGGGUCUCGAAGUACUUUCGUUAACCAAAAACCAGCUCGGUGGAAUGGUCCCAAUGGAGCUCGGUAAGUUGAGCCUCCUUACCACGCUUUAUCUAAGCCAAAAUCAACUUGUUAGUACCAGCAGAAACACAUUGGCUUUUGUAACUGCUCUCACAAAUUGCUCCCACUUAGAAUUAAUGGAUGUGUCAGAAAAUCAUCUCACUGGUACAUUGCCUCCAUUCAUCGGCCAAAUGUCCACCACUCUCACUCGCCUGAAUUUGUCAAACAACAUGAUAAGUGGAACCAUGUCUCAGCAAAUUGUGAAUCUAACAAAUUUAACAUACUUAGACUUGGGCAAUAAUCUUUUCAAUGGCAAUAUUCCAUCUAUAAUUAAAAGAUUCUGUAAGUUGGAAAGACUGUAUCUGAAUGGUAACAAAUUAGAAGGAAGCAUUCCAAAUGAGAUAGGUCAAAUGCAACAUCUCGGCCUCUUGGAUCUUAGUAGAAACCAGCUAUCUGGAAAAAUACCAGAUUCGCUCUGUGACCCCGAACAACUUAGAUAUAUUUAUCUUCACCAUAACAACUUAUCAGGAGAGAUCCCGGUUAGUUUAGAGAGGUGUCAGAAGUUGGAGCUCAUUGAUUUCUCUUACAAUAAACUAGGAGGAAGAGUGCCUCGUGAAGUAAUUGCGAGCCUUAAAAACCUGCAAUUCUACCUUAAUCUUUCAGGGAAUUCUGUGCAAGGGUUCUUGCCACAGGAGAUGAGUAAAAUUGUAAUGGCUCAAGACAUAGACAUCUCUGGAAAUCACCUUACAGGGGUGAUUCCAAAUUCUCUAGGAGACUGCACAGCAUUAGAGCAUCUAAAUCUGUCCCACAAUGCCUUUGAAGGUCCAAUACCAGAUUCACUCUCCAAACUGUAAAAUCUCCAAGAAAUGGAUCUUUCAGCCAAUUUUCUGUCAGGUUCAAUACCAAUGUCCUUUGCAAGACUAGAAGUACUUAACUACAUGAAUGUUUCUUUCAAUAAUCUGUCGGGUCAAAUUCCAGAAGGAGGGCUGUUUCCAAAUAGAACAGUUAUAACAAUGUUUGAAGGAAACCUUGGCCUCUGUGGCCCAAAAAAUUAUUCAUUGCCUCCAUGCCCAAAUCAGACUCAUGAAAAGCAUUCAGUGCUGAAAGAAAUAGUCUUAUCGGUUGCUGGAACUGUUGCUUUAAUAUUAGUCUCUUUCUCUAUAGGAAUGCUAUGGAGAAAUAAAUUUUCAAAUCAACUCUUCCGUUCGUCAAAAAUUUCUUUUAAAAGGCUCAACUAUCCUAAAUUUUCUUACAAAGAUCUUGUCAUUGCAACAUCUGGAUUUGAUGAGUCAAAUUUGCUUGGUGUGGGUAACUUUGGGUCUGUCUAUAAAGGCGUUUUGAAGGAUGGUAAGGUAGUUGCCAUCAAGGCUCUUAAUUUGCAUAAUGAAGAGUCUGAGAAAAGUUUUAACACAGAAUGCAGAGUGUUAGGGAGGAUUAGGCACCGCAACCUCAUCAGAAUCAUAAGUGCAUUUUACUACCCUAGCUUUAAAGGUUUGGUUCUUCAAUAUGCAUCAAAUGGGAGCUUGGAAAAUCAUUUGCACCCUAACAGAGGUGAUCAGGACUUUUUUGAAUUGGGAUUGAGUGAGUGCUUGAGCAUUGCUACAGAUGUAGCCCAUGGCAUGGAAUAUUUACAUCAUGAUUGUCCUUUGCAAAUUGUGCAUUGUGAUUUAAAACCUAGCAAUGUGCUCCUGGAUGCCAACAUGACAGCCCUUGUGACUGAUUUUGGUAUAUCCCGUUUUGUAAUCACUCCAAACUCCACAGAUUCACUGAGUAUAACAACAUUUGCACUCAGGGGAUCUAUUGGCUAUAUUGCUCCAGAGUAUGGAUUGGGCGGCAGUGUUUCUAUAAAGGGAGAUGUUUACAGUUAUGGAAUUCUGAUACUAGAGAUGGUUACAAGGAAGAGGCCAAAUGAUGACAUGUUUGUUGGAGACCUAAACUUGCAAAAGUGGGUGAGAUCAGCUUUUCCAAAUAGAGUGGCAGAGAUUGUUGAUAGUAGAUUGCUAAGGGAUGUGAAUGCAAACAUGGAAGAGAAUGGAUUUCUACUUUCUUUCAUUCAUGUUGGAUUGCUAUGCACCAAUGAAUCUCCAAGACAACGACCCUCCAUGAGAGAUGUAGCCAUGGCCUUGGAGAACCUCAAGACAUCUUUGACAGGAAAUAUAGCUUCCUCCAAUUUAACAUCUACUAUAUCAGACCUCCUACGCAAUACCAAUCCCACUACAUUAUCAGCAUCAAAUAGUCAAAGUUCUACAUUUUAGAUGUUCCGAGUUUCUCCCUUGUGUAGUCAAAUAUAGAAAAUUUAUCCAGCAAAUUUGAGGCUAUGGUGUUCAAGGCCAAAUGUUAUAAUGUAAAAUAUAUCAAUGACAUGUAUGUUGCGAAUUAAUUAUUGAAACCUAAAGUUGUUGGUUAAGGUGAUGUUGUGCCACUUUAUCUGCUAGUUUAAGAAACUAUGCAUGAUGAUGUGCAUAUUGAGAGUCUUUCAAUACUUGUCUCUCCUAUUUUUAGCUGUAUGUUACA